CAUUUGGGUGAUGGAGGGGAAGCUGAAUAGACCUAACCAAGAAAAUUACUCACACGUCGAGGGGGCUGAAACAUACUCAAAUAUAAAGAAGGUUAUUUCCACAACCCAUAAUACUCACAGAUAUCCCACCUUAACAUUAAAGGUUCUAAUGUUCUCGUGAGAACACUGACAGCAUCAUGUUUCCUAUCAUAACUCAGCUGCCACCCACACUGAGGUGUUCGCUGCGUGGCGGGUCAUGACAAUUCUCCCUCUGUUGGGCUUUGACAAACAUCGGUCAAACAGCAGUUGGUAGGAAGAUUUCUGUAAACUUUAUUAAUAGAUCAACUGAGGUAAAAGUGAUCCAAAACCUCUUUUUUAAAUGGACAUUUCUUGUAUUUGGAUGCUGUGAGUGUGCUGGACAGUUCUCAAGUGAAUCAAGGCUCGGCAGCCUUUCAAAAUCAAGUCAAAUCUUUGCAUCAUGCCCUCCGUUUAUGGGUGUGGAAGAGAGAGAUGAGAAUGUUGCCCCCCGAUGAGGACUCAGUCGACUUUCAGCUGCCAGAUCAGAGUGAAGCAUUCAAAGCAGCAGUUUGGAAGCAGGGUAAUCCUCUGAGAAAGCCUGUGCAGGUGGCAGGCUCUGUGUCUGAAGGAAACCUCAAGCGUUUGGCAUCUUAACUGUAAGAGGCACCAACAGCUUCAUCGGACAUCUUUGGGCCAUGCCGCGCUCUUUUCUCGUCAAGACCAAAAGGAGUCAUCUGCAGGGCUUUCCUAAGGCCUGCUUCAAACAGAAGUCCCCAUCUGAGAAGGAUGCUGGGAAGCAUGUGAUGGGCCAGGAGGGCAGGCAUCACGGAGAGGCUGGACAGACUUUACCCCCGUUGUGGGGGGUCAGGGAGCUUCUGACUGCACCUUGCUUGGCGUAUUGGGCCCCAACUGAUCCACCUUCAUCUCCCGAAAAAAGAGAAGCGCUGGAUGCACAGUGGAGGUCAGACAGACACAGAUCUGACAGAGAACGGGAACUGGAGAGGCUGGUCUUCAUGCUGCUCAACCACACGUCCCACACUGACCUGAAGGCCCCCGUCAGGGAGUGUCCACUCUGUGAGAAGUCUCUUUCAGGAGGUGCUCUGCAGGAGGAUCUGUGCAGCAGGCUCUCUGUCCCGUUGACCCGAUCUCUUUCCACUGCAGAUGUGACUUGUUUGCCUUUUGGCUAUGGAGCACUGACAAGCUGUGGAAAAACUAAGGAGCGUAGCUUCGGCUGCAAGGUGUGCGGUAAGGUGUUCAAGCGCUCGUCCACCCUGUCCACCCACCUCCUCAUCCACUCGGACACCAGACCCUACCCCUGCCAGUACUGCGGCAAACGCUUCCACCAGAAGUCAGACAUGAAGAAGCACACCUUCAUCCACACAGGUGAGAAGCCGCACGUGUGCAAAGUGUGCGGCAAAGGCUUCAGUCAGAGCUCCAACCUCAUCACCCACAGCAGAAAGCACGGCAGCUACAGGCCGUUCAGCUGCUCCCGCUGUCAGCACAGCUUCCAGCGCAGGAUUGAACUGCAGCGCCACCAAGAGACACAGUGCGGUUUGGGAGACGCGUACCCUCAAAGUUCAUGAGUGCAGGGAGGACUCCGUGCAGCAGGAAGAACCCACAUCUGUACAUAACUCUAAGACAUAAAUGUAAACUAAUACGCUUUAAUACAUGUAGAAAGAAAUGCACAUUUACAAAAAUAAAGCUGGUCUGUUGUGAUCUGCCCAACAACAGGGAUAUGAAAGACACUUUUAAACAAUAUUUUGUUACUGUUACUGUCAAAAAGUUAUUCUUUACCUUCCAUUUUUAUUGUCCCAACGUCUACCUUGCUUUUGAGUAACUUUUCUUUUAAAAAAACUGCAGUUUUAAGUGACUCGUGUACUGAACAGUAUGUUGCAGUUGAAUGAGGGAUGAUGUGGUGAGAAAACAAGUGCUGACAGGAAGGUUUGUUUAUGGUAGAGUGAGACACAACCUGACACCUAUGUGGCUAUGAUAGAUUAAAAAAAAAAGGAUUAAGGCCGCGAGCGGCGUUGUAUGGCCUGCAGGUGCUACUUGCCCCUCUUUGACCUGCCCUAAUGGCUGAGCGGCUGCUGCACACCCUUCACUUUCCCCUUCUGCCCCUGCCACCCCUGGUUGGUUAGAGCUCCAUAGUAACCAUUAUAUGUUUUGGUUGCCUGGGGGUGACAGACAGGUUUAUAUCAUUUUUUCUUAAGAAAUAGCAAAAGUAAACGUUCAGAUUUCCUUGGCAACGGAGGUUGUUUGUCAAUCACCUCCUCAUUCCUAAUAUAGUCAAAUCGUAUGUCAUAUCAUUCCAUUCAGCUUAAGGCAGGAAUUCACGUGUUCAAUUUUCGCAAUAUUCCGGUUAAAAAAUGUGCGAGCAGCAACAGGGAAUUGCCACUUUAGUGAGCUUGACUCACUUGCGCCGUUUAAAAUCUAAAAACCAACAUUUUUUCCCCCCAAGAAGUUUUUCAACAAUGCUCAAGGCGUUAGGAGGCGAUACAUUUAUAAAGUUUAAAUUUGUAGAUGGUACUGAAGGGGAUCUUUAUAUUCAAGAUGGCAGCCUCUUCCUAAAGGUGAGAGGUCAACAGAACUUCGGUUGUGGUUGUAGACUUGCCUUGGUAGCGUGAGUGAGAAGCAGGAAAAGUUUCAUAUUCCAUAUUGUGGUAAAACGUGAAAAUUGCCACAUUUCACACAAAAUGGCCAUGUAGCUCUAGGUCCUGUGGACAUCCCAUAAUAUUGUAAAAACUUUCCUUUGAAUGUCUCAGACACGUGUGUUUUGGUUUCGUUAGUUUCCCACUCAUUUUUUUGACAGUUUUCUCCCGCUGUGAUGUCAUUUUUCUUUGUUGGGGGUCGUUCACUAUGUCAGAAAUUCAUUUUCUCCGGGUACCAGGUGUGAGUAAAUUCUGGUGAGUUUUUGAGUUUGUGGUGGGGGUGAAAUGUUUGCUCAAAAAUAAAACCAA